CCGAAGGAGUAAGGAUACUCACUUAUAUCGUUGGUGGCGGAGUUUCGAAUGGGAGUCAUACGUACUAGUGCCCUUGGCUACCUGAGCCGAGGAUAAACUGGUCGCGUACGAGCAAGUUUAUAUACACCAAUGGAAUCCUUCGUUAAAUACGAACGGAGUUCGUAGGAGAAGGAAGCGUCGCAACGCGAAGCGUAUGGGAAAAAGUGAGCGGGAAAGGAUUCGAGGGGAGGAGGGAGUGACGCAGAAAGGUGGGUACGUCAAACCAGUAGGGAUUAUAUGUGAGGGAUUCACGGAGGAGAAGCUCGAUAUCGUCAACACACUCGCAAAACUGGAUAAAAGGGGUGUGCGUAAGUUUAUACUGACAUCCAUCGGGGGUAACUGCUGGCUAGAUGGGUGGAAGAAGAUUAGGAAGGCCUUUGGAACGUCAACCGUCACAUGCGAAAGUGGGACGAUGACGCUGGCAAAAUGUGAGCAGUAUUUGGAGCAGGGUGGAUGUGUGACGGUGAGAUAUCUGCGACGAUGGCAUAGUCGGAGUAAGAUUCGGAAGCAUGAGUUGAUCAAAACAUUGCGUGAUCCCAGGCGGAUUAGUGACUUGAAGCACCGAGACACAGAGGAGUUGUUCCGUUUGUAUCGAGCGGCUAAAGAGUUUCAGAAGAAGUUCACAAGAUCGUAUCUGAGAAGAGUAAUCGGAAGGGUUAUCAAGGAUGUUUCGGGUUGGAUCAUGGGGGUAAACAUUAAUGUUAAACUGAAGUUUGACGAUCGUGUGAAGUUGGUGGAGGUUCGAAAGUUGGUCAACGAUAAGAUUGGGGAACAAGCGCUGCCAUCAUGCAUGAUGAAGAGAGCACGUAGCAAGUCAGUGACGGACCUGGUACCAAGAAUCGAGAAGAUCAACAAGCAGAUCCAACGAUUUCCAAGGCAGGAUCUGCAAAUAUCCACGAUGUCAUAUGACAUCAAGGAUAUGUUUAGCAAGCUACCACACAUGGACAUCAUGGAAGCAGUUGAUUGGAUCGUCGAUCAUUUUCAGAGUAGAGGAAAGAAGUCAGUAGGAGUGAACACUAGAGGACGCGGGAGCUCUUUCGGGCGUACCACUGGAGCUGAUCACUGGAGGAAAAUCGAGCUGGAGGAAUUGAGGCGUUUUGUAGGUUUGGAUCUUCAGCACACCUAUAUCAAGGCGACUGGCGUGCUCUUGAAACAGGUGGCUGGAAUUCCCAUGGGGAAAAGUACCAGCCCACCGCUGGCGUGCAUCAUGUGUGCACACGCUGAGUUCAAAUUUCUCUGUGAACAAAGGAGUCAGCGGGCCAACAUCUUCGGGAUCCGGCUGAUUGACGACGUGAGUGUCGUUAUUGCAUCCAAGAAGAAGGACAGGAGGAUUAGUGAGCAGAUUCGUGCAGAUUUCGAAAAAUGCUACCCAAGGAACCUUACGCUGAAGCGCACGGAUGGAGGGAAAAAGAACUGGGAUUUUCUCGGAUUGGAAAUGCGGCAACAGGACGUGACGCCAUUCCUCUCCUAUGUACAGCUCUCGAAGAACGAAAAGACAGUAUGGACGGAAGAAAGAUUGGAAUUCAAAAUCGGACAGGAAUACCACUCGUGGGGGAGUAAACGGCAGAAAAGUGCAGUGAUCCCAAGUCGACUGCAUAGAAUUGAGAGGAACACGAUUGUGCGCAACGAGUUACCAGACAAAGUGUUGACGCUGUCCAGGGAACUGAGGAUGAUGGAUUUCCCUCAGGAGUUUUUCCUGCAUGUUCUGAAAAUUCCUCUCAGACGUCGAGUGAUCCUUCAGCAGCGAGCAGAAUCAGCAGCAGCAUCACAUCAGGCGUUUAUCGAAUCUGAGAAUAACCGGCUGGAGAAGGAAGCAGUUCAAUUCUGGGCAAAGGAGAUUGUGGUCAAGAUAGAGUACAAGUACUGUCCCAAUUUGACUAUCAUCGACACGCCAGGGUUGAUUGCGGCUGCGCCAGGGCGGAAGAAUCAGCAAUUGCAGGCUCAGGCCCGUGCGGUGGAGGCCCUCGUUAGGGCCAAAAUGCAGCAGAGGGAGUUCAUCAUCUUAUGCUUGGAGGAUUGCAGCGAUUGGAGCAAUUCUACCACUCGUCGAGUCGUUAUGAUGAUGGAUCCGGAAUUGUCGCGGACGGUCAUUGUCUCAACGAAGCUGGACACGAAGAUUCCUCAGUUCGGAAGGGCGGCGGAUGUGGAGCUAUUUCUGAGGCCACCACCUCGGCUUCUGGAUGGGAACAUUCUUGGAGAGACGCCAUUUUUCACGUCAGUGCCAUCAGGGAGGGUUGGCAUGGGAAGGGAUGCUGUGUAUAGGUCUAAUGACCAUUUCCGUGAGGCCGUUGCGCUAAGAGAGGCCUUAGAUGUCCAGCUCUUGGAGGAGAAAUUGGACCGGGCGUUGACGAAGGAAGAGCGUGUGCGCGUAGGGGUCAGCAGACUAAGACUUUUCCUUGAGCAGUUGCUCCAGAGAAGGUACAUGGAGAGUGUACCACUAAUCGUUCCAUUGCUAGAUAGAGAAUACCGAAUUGCACAAGCGAGAUUGAGUGCGGUUGUGCAGGAGCUGAGGUCCAGCAAUUUGGACGAGUCCAAGCUGAAGGAGAGGGGGAGGAUGUUCCGUGAUGCCUUUCUGGCCAAGCUUUCGCUUUUGCUCAGAGGAACAGUCGCUGCUCCCCCAGAAAAGUUUGGUGAGACUCUUCAGGAUGAACGUGUUCAUGGCGGCGCUUUUCUUGGGAAUGAUGGCAAUCAGCUUCCUCAGAAACAAAUGCCGGUUUCUGGGGUAUCGGACAAAUCGGAAAUGAUGUGGCUGCUGCAGAAUGCGAACAUGAGACUCUAUGGUGGUGCUCAGUACCACCGGGCAAUGGGAGAGUUUCGACAAGUGGUGGGUGCCAUGAGGUGUCCGUCCGUGAAUAGAGAAGAGAUUGUGAAUGCCUGUGGUGUAGAGGACAUACAUGACGGAACAAACUACUUCAGGACAGCUUGUGUUAUUGCUGUUGCGAAGGCAAGGGACGUGUUCGAGCCAUUCUUGUACCAGCUUGGUUUUCGUUUGUCUCACAUACUGCGGCGCCUGCUACCAAUUGCUAUGUACCUUCUUCAGAGGGAUGGCGAAUACUUGAUGGGACAUGACAUGUUCCUGAAGCGAGUUGCGUCGUCAUUCAACUCUUUUGUGGAGGGAUCUGAGAAAAGCUGUCGAGACAAGUGUAUGGAAGAUCUCAUGAGCACAACGAGAUAUGUCUCAUGGUCUCUGCAUAACAGGGAUAUCGUCCAAGGCCUCGUAUCUCAAAUCUUCGAGGGUAUUCGGGACCAUUUUGUUGCAUCUGCUGAGCUCAAGUUCAACUGCUUUUUCCUGAUGCCGAUGGUCGACAAGUUCCCUGCAAUGUUGAGAGAGACCUUGGAGAGCGCAUAUGAGGACGAUCUGGACAACGUGUUUGAUGUGGCGGAAGCACGGCGCACUCUGGAGGCGCAGCGGGCCAACCUUGAGCUUGAGCUCCGCAGGGUUGAGCGGUUGCAGGAGAAGUUCGCUAAUAUUCAUCACCAUCUUAGCAGCAUGCAGCCUAUUCCGCCUCCAAACAAGGAGAUUCCACGGGAAAAGAUUGUGGGACAUGCGUAAUUGUCUACGUUGGUAGGUUUAUUUAUUUGUUAAGGAUAAGGAUGUCCAGAGCUA